GUAGAAAUUCUCAUUCGUGAUUUCUUUGAAGGUUAUACGAAAGGAAGAACAUAUAUGAAUCUCUGGCCAGAGAUGCUCAAGCUAAAAGACUGGCCCCCCUCUGACAAGUUUGAAGAUCUUUUGCCCCGACAUUGUGAUGAAUUUAUCCGUUGUUUACCAUUUCAAGAGUACAGUGAUCCUCGAGCUGGAAUCCUCAACCUUGCUGCAAAGUUACCAGCUCAUGUCCUAAAGCCUGACAUGGGUCCUAAAACCUAUAUUGCAUAUGGGACUAAAGAAGAACUUGGCAGAGGGGACUCUGUAACAAAGCUUCACUGUGAUAUGUCUGAUGCGGUGAAUAUUUUGACUCAUACAGCUGAGGUUACAUUAACUGAUGAACAGCACCCUGUUAUUUCAAAAUUAAAGAAAGCACACAAGGCCCAAGAUGAGAAAGAGUGUCAUGCUCAGGUUGCUGAAUGCCAGAAGAAGUGCCAUAAAGUCAAUGGAAAGAUAUUUCCAAAUGAUGUGCCUGCUAUCUCUAAAGAAACAACAGAAACAGGUGGUGCUCUUUGGGACAUCUUUCGGAGGGAGGAUACUGAAAAGUUAGAAGCAUAUCUACGAAAACAUUCUAAAGAAUUUAGACAUACUUAUUGUUGUCCAGUUCAAAAGGUUGUCCAUCCAAUUCAUGACCAAUGUUUUUAUUUGACUUUGGAGCACAAGAAGAAGCUGAAGGAAGAAUUUGGUGUAGAACCUUGGACGUUUGAGCAGAAACUUGGAGAGGCAGUAUUUAUUCCUGCUGGAUGUCCACACCAAGUUAGGAAUCUCAAGUCAUGCACUAAAGUUGCUUCAGAUUUUGUGUCUCCUGAGAAUAUUCAUAUGUGCUUGCGAUUAAAGGAUGAAUUUCGUCGUCUUCCUAGGAAUCACAAGGCGAGGGAAGAUAAGCUAGAGAUAAAGAAGAUGAUCGUGCAUGCUGUAGAUCAAAUAGUCAAGGAAUUAGAAGCAUUGGUGGAGUGUUCUUGAGACUGGCCUAUAUGCUGCUUCCAUAGCUGCUAUGAUUUUUUUAACCUCAUAGUUUAGAUUUUUAUUCAGAUAGAAAAUUUUGUGUUGGGUAAUUUUUCA